AAUUCAGGAAAAAGACAAACAUCUCUCGGCCGUCCCCAGCUUUGCCACCUCUUCUUCUCUCCCUCCUUUCUUCUCCCCCUGUCUGUCGGAGGAGCAGAAAACGGAAAAUACAGAAAACCCACCUACACUCAAUCAUCGUUUUCCAGUUUCAAAUCUCACUCCAAAAAAAGAAACAAAAAAGAAAAGUGAAAUUCUCUCUCCCCUUUCGUUCUAGGGUUUCCGCAUUCGCGCAUUCUCUUCCUGCUCCGCCACUGCGAGCAUUGCCUGCUCCGAGCUCGCGGAGACUUUCGAUUGCUGCCGAUUUGGAUUCUCCGAUUCGGUGUCGUUUCCGAUAAUUGCGAGGGCUUUUGUUCGGAGGAAUCUUGCGAGCACGGACUGAGGUGUAGGCUCACAAUCCGCGUAGUGAUUUCGGUUCUUCUGUGGUAAUGCAAGGCUGGAUAAUGUUCGUACGGUUUUACAUGGACUCAUUUUUUCGACAGUGGAAGUGAGUAGUGCUGAUUGUUACCUACCAAAAUAUACGAGUCUCGAUGGUCUGUCCACUUGGAAAUGGGAGGAUGGCCGUCAUGGCAAGGCUUCUGGCGGGCGUGAAUGUCUCACAGAGCAUAACAGAAGGAGUUGGCCAUCACAAGUUUGCUGCUCAAAUAAUCUGCAGAGAAUUAAGUGAGGCAAAUGAAGCUAAUUUACUUGAUGAAGAAGAUAUGCAUGUGUUUGGUUUGAAGCCGAUGGAUGAUCCUCUACAUUUGGUAUGUUGCAAUGCUUGUAAAAAACCGGUCAAGGCCAGUCAGUAUGCAGCUCAUGCAGAACUUUGCAGGUUAUUAAAUUCUACGCAGGAAACUACUUUGGAGCUUGAUGGAAGUAUGGGGCAAAGGAAGCCUCCAAGGAAGGAGAGGAAAAAGUCAUCAACUGCUCAUGCUAACCAGUCCGCUUUAGUUGGAGAGCUAGAACGAUCUGAAUCUGUAGAUGCAGACGAUAACUCUGUGUCACAAUUCCAGUUGGAUGGGCAAAUUGGAAUGAAUCCUGGCUCUUUUAUGGAGGCAAAAAUGAAUUCAGCUUAUGCGGACGCAACGUACAUGAUGGAUGGUUCUGGAGUUAGUCCAGGAAAUACCAAUGGCUCAACAUCUGUGACCCUUCCACCGACAAAACGAUUUAAAAUGAUACCAGGUCAUCAGCUGCCACUAUCAGAUGAUAUAGGAACAGCAUCUGCUGUAUCAAAACUUGCAAGUACUGAGGAUGCAUAUCCUUAUAGGGAUUCUCCAAAAGGAGCCAUUUCUGCUCUUAAAUAUAAGAAGUCCGGGCAAGCCCUUGACUGCUGCCUGCCAAUUAAAGAUUGUCCUCUUCCCCUGGCUACUAAAGUAUAUUACUCUCAAAGAGGCAAUCGGCUCCGAUCAGAUCUUAGUCAUCUAUACCAUGAGGCAAUGGCAUCAACUGAGGAGCUUUGUGGUGACAUGAGAGACUCACAACCUUUGCCUUCUUUGCGGAAACCUGACCAAAUUCUCGCACAAAAUUCAGAAGUUUGUUUGGAGAACUCAAUAGGUUGCCUGCCUGAUGGUGAUUUCUCAAAUCAGUUUCCUGUGGAUAAUGUUCCAAGGCCUCAGGUGGCUGGCGUUGGUUUAGCAAGAAGCAAAAUUCUUUCAAAACCUUAUUCUUUUGCGGGUAACUCAGGACAAUCAUUGGGGACCAUGCAACAGAAAACUGGCAGCGUUCCCGUUAUAUAGGAGUCCUGGUAGGAAUUUUUGCCUCGGUUAAGGUUUAAUUUUGACCUAAUACUUGAGGCUAGGACUUAGGUUUCAUUUCGAAAUUGACUAAACUCAUCAUUAAAAUGUUCAUUCUAGGCCUCUACAUAAUAGUCAACACUGAACCAUGUUUGUAUAUCACUUGCUGUGCAUGCUGUCCUAAGUUUCCGUCGAACAAAUGCUACUCUUGAAUUUGUAAAUAUGACUGCUUGGAAUGUUUUAAUUGAUGCAAUAUUCUUUGUGUUACAUUA